AUGGAAGGCAUCUUCCUUUUUAUUGUCACUAGUGAAGCCGUGCUGGGAGUUUUAGGGAAUGCAUUUAUUGUAUUUGUGAACUGUGCAGAGUGUGCCAGGAACAAGAAGCUCUCUAAGAUUGGCUUCAUUCUCACUGGCUUGGCAACUUCCCGGAUUUGUCUCAUGUGGAUGAUAACUUUUGACACAUAUAUAAACUUACUCUCUAUACAUAAACUUACCUAUGGCAAGCUAUAUGAAUACAUGAAUUACCUAUGGGUAACUAUGAAUCACCUGAGUGUCUGGUUUGCCACCAGCCUCAGCAUCUUCUAUUUCCUGAAGAUAGCAAAUUUUUCUCACUACGUAUUUAUCUGGCUGAAGUGGAGAACUGACAGAGUUUUUAUCUUUCUGGUAGGAUUCCUGUUUGUCUCGUUGUUUAUUGCUGUAGCACAAGUUGUGAAGAUGACCCAUGAUAUUAAAAUGCAAUACAGAAACAUCUCCUGGCAGGUUCACCGACAGGCAAAUGAGCUACUUAUUAAUCACAUCUUUUUUCAAUUUGGGAUGCUUUUCCUCUUUAUGAUAGCUGUUAUUACAUGUCUCCUGUUAAUCAUUUCUCUUUGGAGACACAACAAGCAGAUGCAAUUGAAUGUCUCAGAAUGCAGAGACCUCAACACAGAAGCUCAUAUCAAAGCCAUUAAAGUUUUAAUUUCUUUUAUCGUCCUCUUUAUCUUGUAUUUUGCAGAAGGAUUUGUAUUCCACAUGCAAGUUCAGCUGCUCAGUCAGCCUCCUGAUGCUAAAGCUUAUUCACCCAUUUUUGCCAGGGAAGAAACUUUAGCCUACAGACUCUUCUAUGUAAAGACUUCUGUGAUGGUUGUCAACUUAACUAUAUCUGGAAUUAACCACAAUCCAGAAAUAGAGGACACACUUAUGGUCCAGUUUUUGAAACUGGAAGACACCAGCUUUCGAUCUGGAUCUUGA